UAUUAUUAUUAUUAUUUUCUCUUUCUUUUUAUAAUAAUCAAUCAUUAACAUUACUUACAUUUGAUUACAUGACAUCACAAAAUAUAAAUAUAAUUUUUAAGCGUAAGCAGUCCGUUGGUAAUAAUGGCGUCGGUAGCAUAGGUGGUGCUUCAGCUAUGUCUUAUUCACCUUCAUCACAUACAAUGCCAACUUUAUUUCAACAUCGAGAUAGUUUUGUUCAUCAACGAGAACUAGAAUCUGCCUUUUGUAGUGAUUUAGUAUGUUGUGGUACUCCUGUGCGAGAUCUUCAUGAAUUAUUACACCAUUAUGAAGAACAUCAUCAUGCUCCCAUUGAAGAAGAGCCUGAGCCUAAAGAAGAAAACGAAAAUAAUCCAACUACAGAAGAUGAUAUUGUUAUGGAUGACCUUGAUUCACCUUUUCCUUUACCUACUCAACCCCAUGAACUUGCUGCGCUUACAAGUAGUCCAUUACUUCGAAAAAAUAAUUUAACUACUACAGUUAUAAAUCCUUCAACAUCCCCACCUACAACUACGUUAGAUACUGCUACAUCUUUAAACCUAAGUCCCAGUACAACUACAACUACAACUGCAACUACACCUACACCUACAACACGUACUACACUUAGUCCACAUCAACAGCAUACAGAAGAAAUAUUGAGGCAAGCAUUACCUGCUUUAGCUAAUCAUCCCUCUGUCAUUAAUGGAUCUUCACUACAAGAAAGUUUAAAUUAUUUUAAAAAUGAAGCAUUAUAUCAAACAUGUGAUGAUGGACAAGAUAAGCCUUAUAAAUGUCCUAUUAAAGGCUGUGAUAAAGCAUACAAAAAUCCAAAUGGUUUAAAAUAUCAUCAAAUGCAUGGACAUUCAGAAGAAGAUAAACUAAGUGAAGCAGAAAGAGAUGCACAAAAGCCUUACAUGUGUACUAUUGGCUAUUGCAAUAAGCGUUAUAAAAAUUUAAAUGGACUUAAAUAUCAUAUUGAACAUUCUCAUAUUGCGAAAUUAAAACAAUAUUCCUCUCCUAUUCAUAAUAGUGUAGAACACAUUUUAUUUAAUACAACAGCAUCAAAUAAUAAUGAAGCCUGGAGACCUUCUUCUGAACAGCAGCCUUUUCAAGGUUAAUAGAAUAUAAACUAUUACUUUCUAUUUAUAAAUAUUAUCUUGUAUAUAUAAUAUCGUUAUGAUCGAGCAUACUCUCUUGCACACAGACACACAUACACACACACACACACACACACACACACACACACACACACACGUACACAUACAGAAAGACACACAUACACAUAUACACACAUACACAGACACAGACAUAUAUACAUACGUAUAUAUAUACUCACCUUUUACACACAUACUAUCGAUUUUAUAUUAUAUUUAAUAUAUAAUAUUUUUAUUAAUAACAAAUAAUGCUCUUACGCAGUACAUUACAAUCUAGAUAAGUAAAGAUUUUUCUUUAAAAAUAUAAUCAGAUUCUUCAUAUAAAUAAGUAUAUAUUCUGAGCAUGUGCUACAUGUAUAUUGAGUCCUAUUAUUUUGUAUAUGUUUAUGCUGUUGACUCUAAG